CAAGGGUUCAUCAUCCACCAAGCCUUCCCUGAAUAAAUCUAUCAUUGUUUACAAAUGACUUUAAGACUACCAGGGCUUGCAGAUAUGCAUGUUCACCUACGCGAUGGGGAAAUGAUGAAGCAUGUCGUUCCUACUGUAAAUCAAGGAGGUGUGUCUGUGGCUUAUGUUAUGCCUAAUCUUGUUCCUCCUAUUACAACAGUAGAUGCUUGUUUGAAGUAUAAACAAGUAAUUGAACAGUUGGACCCUAAAACGAAAUAUUUAAUGUCUUUAUAUCUGUCUCCUCAAAUUACACCUCAAGUCAUCUACGAAGCCGCUAAACGAGGAGUUCGCGGCGUUAAGUCAUAUCCUAAAGGUGCUACUACCAAUUCCGAUGGCGGCGUAGAAAGCUACGAACCCUUCUAUGCUACGUUUGCAGCCAUGGAAGAAACUGGCAUGAUCUUGAACAUCCACGGAGAAGUCCCCUCUUCAACCAGUAAUGAUGUCUUUCAUGCAGAGCCAAAGUUUUUGCCUACCUUAUUAGACCUGCACAAACGCUUCCCUGAUUUGAAGAUCGUUUUGGAGCAUUGUAGUACGCAAGCGGCUAUUGAAGCCGUAUUAAACUGUGGUCCUAGUGUUGCUGGAACCAUUACUGCGCAUCACAUGUACAUUACGCAUAAAGAUUGGGAAAUUGAUCCCCAUUGCUUCUGCAAGCCAGUAGCAAAAACCGAAAAGGAUCGGCUAGCUUUAAUUGAAGCAGCUACAAGCGGAAAUCCAAAAUUCUUCUUUGGAUCAGAUUCGGCUCCUCACCCCCAAUCCUCGAAACAAAAGUCUCCUCCUGCCGCUGGUGUAUUCACUCAAGCCUUUGAAGCAUCUUAUUUAGCAGAAAUCUUUGAUAAGAAAGGAUGUUUAGACGCUUUGGAGGGGUUUGCUUGUAAAUUUGGUAGACAUUUCUAUGAUGUUCCCAUUGAAGAAUCAACCCCUACGCUAAUUUUGGAAAAGAAACCUUUCACCAUUCCACAAUUAAUAAACGACUGUUUAGUUCCUUUCCGACCUUUACAAAUUUCGAACUGGCAAUGCCGUUGGGAGGAAGGCACUUUAUAAUCCACGUAGAAAUAUUUGAAUGGAUUACUUUAUAACAAACUUUAUUUGCUUCCAUGUAGCUGUGUACUAUCAAAAGCAUUACAGAGUUCAUUAAGUUAUAGGAAGGGCAAUCUGAGUACAAGUGCAAGUCAGCCGAUAUCUAAACAAUUGUAUAAGGUUUAAUCCCAUUAUCUGGAUAUUGAGUUUUUCAUUCGGAGAAGCACCAUGGAGUCAGUCUUGUGUUAUGACUACAAUAUUGAACUAUCGCUCAAGAAAGGCUCUAAUGAUGAGACGGAAAACUCCAAAAACGGCCUUUCUAUAAUCAAUCUUUGUAUCAUUAUUUUUUAAAUCAAGAGACGUUAUGAAUGUCCUUGUGAUCCGAUGUACUGUUGAUAGAAUUUGGGUGGACAGGGGUCUUAUCGUUUUAUAGACAGUAAAUUUAUCCUACACUCGCUGUACGCAUUCAAUCUUUCCCAUACAACAGUUUUUUUAAUUCAUUAAGCUACUGUUCAUGAAAUCAUCACUAAAAGCUUCUUGUUGUUGUUCCUGAUACAAUUUUCAUGAAAG